AUGUGGUCUUCUUUGCUGAUCCCUACUUUUCUCUUCCUGAGCUUCUUUUCUGUGGGAUUGGCCCCAGAUCCAGGGCCAACCACCAAUGCAGACAACAACUAUCUCCCUUUCUGGGUCCCGAUUAAUGGAGACAUAGCAGAAUUUCCAGUGCAGAAUAACAAGAUAAUCAUUGAUCCCUGGAAAUAUAUGGAUCGACUAAGAAUAUGUAAGAUCCUUAUAACAGAAUCAGACAAAUAUUUUGCUUCAUUUGGCAAAAACAGUACAAGGAAUGUACAUUGGGCAGUAACUUUAAUGUAUGGAGAGCUAUUUAAAACAGAUAGAUUUUCAGAGCCUCCCAAUAGUUCACGGUGUGCUUAUGAGUCUGGAAUCUCUGGCUGCAUAUCUAUCAACAGUGGCUGGGGAGGCAUUGACUACUAUGUGGUUAUUGUGUAUGUCCUUGUUGCACUUGAAUCUGAGUUUUUGGGGAAUUUGCCAUAUGAGUAUCUGCUGUCCAGAAAGAUAGUUUCCACUACCAGCAGUAUUCCUCAGUAUGACACAGAUGAGGACACAGCGAUCUUUAAGAUGUGGGCGGCCCAUCGAGCUACCACUGAUGUGGCAAAACCGAAGUUCAAUGAUGUAUCAUUCUAUUCUUCUGAAACUGAACAAGACUUCACCAUGGACUUUCUGCUGGCCAUAGAAUUUGUUGAAGCAGUAUUAUAUCGCCCAUACUUUGAAAGUUCAGCAGAAUUCCUAGUGGGUUUCCCACACAGGCCACUCACAGAUCAGGAUCGUAAUGUUCUCAUGAGUAACUUCAGCAGACGGGAAAAAGCACUUAUGACUGCAGUAAAACUCAUUCAAAAAAUAAAUAAAAGCACAGCUUCCCGGGCCAUUUGGGAGUUGCACGCGUUCGUCCCCGGGGUUCGGGCCGCUGCGCCUUCACGCGCAGCCUUUUUGUUUACUCCGCCAGCAGGGGAGACAGGGAGCGAGCGUGUAAAGAUGCUCCGGGACCCGGGGGCUAUAUAA